AUGACAACGCCGACGCCAGCAGGCAGCUCGGCAGCGGCAAUUGGCAUGACCACCCCAUCGCCUCUUGCCGCGCUGUCCAACUCCACACCUCGGGCCACCUCCAUCGCGCUAUCGUCGCUACAGGCGCUUCCAGAAACUCAGCUUGCCCUCGUCCUGCUCGACCAUCCUACCGUGCGUCGCAGGUGGCGCAGCGUUGUCGUACCGCUCAUCGAAUCUAUCUCCAGAAAGCUCAACACCGCAUACUCGGGGUCGCGCCUCACCAUUGGCUGUGUUGUCUAUCGUUCCACCCUAGACAAGUCGCUCUUGCGUCCAUCGUGGACUUUGAGUCGCACCAAGCUUCAACCUGGCUCAAAACUCAUUGCAUCCAGCCUUCAAUCUCCAGACUCAUGGCUGGGCCCAGAGCGAUCAGAUCUGGCAAAUAAUGCGGACCUUUCAGCAUCGAUAUAUUCGUUGAUCGAUGGACGCAGUGCUACGAAGCCCACCGCGCAUGUUCUCGAAGCGUUCGUCGCUGCUCUUGAGCUGCUUAAGCCAUCCAACAACGGUGUAUACAAUCCGUUAGCACCCAAAAAGGCACCCGUGCUGGCAAGACACUUGCUCCAUGUUUGCCUCGACUCGAGCGAUGUAUCGCUCGACCUGUCAUCGCCGCCCUUUUUCAAUGUGGAUGCAUCCAACGACCGUGCCACCGUACCUACCAUCGGCACCGAACUUGCUCGACUCGGAGUAUCCAUCACCAGCUGUGCUGUGAAGCCCGAUCCAUCUGACGCCACCGUCACAUCCUCCAGAGAAGCUCUCACCGCCAUCAUUGGUCUGCACAAGAUCGUAGCCGAGCCCAGCAAGCUCGCCAACGAGGACCUCGCCACUUUGCUGCCCGAAGCCGUGCGCGCAAAAAUCUUUCAUGAAGCCAACAUUGUUUCGUCCGGUCUUACCCCAGGUUCAGGUGCCAAAACGAAUGCUGGCGCAUCUUCAGCAUCGGCAGCAUCAACAAAGCGAGGCAGAGAGGACGAGGUCGAUGCAGUCAACGCCCCGGUUAAGCGCUCCAAGUCUGGCAGCAUCUCUCAGCCGCAACCGCCCCAUCCCACCGCUAAUGCCUCGAACCCUUCUGCCUCAUCCACCGCUGCACCCGGCGAAAUGCCGCGCAACAUCAAACUCGACCCUAGCAUCAGCACAAAAGUUCUCUUCCUGCGCUCUCAGCAAGAGACCAUGGUAAAGAACUGGGCCGCAGCCUACUCUGUUGUCGCGAAGAGCGAGGCGGCAGGCGAGACCAUCCCGAACAAACCGCCAGGGAUGAACAAUGCUUAUCUCGAGCAGCUCAAAGCGCAGCUCUUGACGCAGCAGCACGCGCUCAAGAUGCUCGUGCAGAGGAUCGUCAGCGGCGCAGAAACUGCGCCCAACUUCAAUGUUAGCCUGCAGAGCUUGAUCAACAUCGACAAGGAGGCAAAGGAGAUGGGCGUCAACUUGGGUGGACCGAGCAACGGAGGUACUGCCUUGGCGAGACCGGGCAGGAGUGGGAGCCUGGUGGGGGGUCAGCAGCCUUCGUCGCUACUGGUGCAGCAGGGUGUGCAGGCAGUCAGUAAUGGUCCCAAAGCCUCAGCGCCGCCUGUGACCGAUCCUACAGUCCCGUCGACUGCAAGUAGCGCAGCGCCUGCAGCGGCUGGUGCGCAACCACCACCCAGCCCCACGCGCCCCAAACCUUUCUGGCGAGGCGCACUCACUUGGUCGGUCAUCGCAGAUCCUGUCACCAAGCAAAAACGUGACGUGGCCACCCUUGUCUCUGCCACCUCCAACUCUCCCAUGCUCGACCGCCUCAUGAUGCCCUGGCCGGACAAGCUGCAGAUCACUGCCAUCACGCAGCUCGCGCCUCGGAAUCUGCAGGUCUAUGCCCAAUCGCAGAACGCACCGUACAUCCUGUUCUCCACGCAGGAAGCCGGUGGGGACGGAGGAGGGGUACCAGUGCUAACGCCAGCGACGGCGGAGAAGAAUCGCCAGAUGUACGCGAAUCUGGCGAGUAGUCUGGAUGUGAAGAAGAGCUGUGCGUUCAUAAGGCAUGGCAGCAACGCGGGGGCUGGGCUGGUACUGUUUGCGACGACGCAGCCGACGAGCAGUGCUGAGAGGAGUGCGAAGGGCCCCGUGCCACCGAAGCUGAUUGGAGUGGUGUUGAAGGAUACAAUUCCAUUUACGAAGAUGCUGAGUGCACAGAACAGUGGUGCUCAGCCGCAGACUGCGGCACAAAAGGCACCGACGCCGCAAGGGCAAGGCCAGGGGAGGGCGCGUGGGGUGAGUGCUGCAGGGAGUAUGCCGCUUGCUUCGCAGGAGGGUAUGCAGCAGGGUCAGCCUGCUGGGGCUGCAGCGGCUGUAGCCCAGCCGCUGCAGCAGCCGCAACAACAGCCGCAACAACAGCAACAGCAACAUCAAAUUGCCACGGGGAUGGGACUUGGCUCUUCGAUGCCAUUCAACCUGGCUGCGCUGAGCGCGGCCGGCAACGUGCCUGUUUCAGGUUUGGGUGCAACAGCAGGCAUUGGCGCGGGAAUCAACCUUGGUGCUCUCAAUCCGCCCAUGCACAGCGUCAACAAUGCGGCUCAGCCGACUUCCCAGCCGCAAGCGCAAUCGCAAGCAGGCCUGGCGAAUAUGUCCAACUUGGCAAAUUUGGGCAACGUAGCCAAUCUGGGCAACUUCAACCUCGCACAAUUUGGACACCUCUUGGCAAAUCAACAGCAGGUGGGACAGCAGCAGCAGCAGUCUCAGCAACCGCAGCAGCAGCAGCAGCAAGAUGUGCUCGGUGGCGGUGGUGGUAUGGCCCAGCAGCCGAACUUGGCCGCUUUGGCACAGCUGCUCGGCAUAGGCGGGCAGAGUGCAGCGCUGAAUGGGCAACAGCAACCGCAACAGGGGGCGGCGUUUGGUCAAGCGCUGCCGCAGAUGUUUGGUGGUUUCCCUCAGCCGCAACCGCAGCAGAUGUUUAACAGCCUGAAUCCGUUUGGUGGGAGUGCUGCUCAAGCUCAGCAGCCGCAACAGCCGCAACAGCCACAGCAGCCACAGCAGCAAGGACAGGGGCAGCAGGGAGGAGCAGGAGGCGGCGGCGGGGCUGGAUCGGGACAGAUGGAUUUCUCCAAGCCCAUGACAAUGGACCAGCUGCGUGCGCUUGGGUUCAUAUCGUAG